UACAUAAGAGCAUGUGGAGAAGGAUGCUAUGGAGGAAGUCACUUGGUAGAACAGUUUGCUGCAGGUUUUUCAGUUCUUUGAGUAAAAACACUCCACCUAAACACUUCCAACCACAGAAACUCAGUGCAAAGACUCUCUCCACAACUGUGUCAUCCAAAAUGGCAGACUUAGCAAAUGUUGUGAGUGCGCUGAACAAUUUUGCUCCUCCAAGUCUAGCUGAGAGCUGGGAUAACGUCGGCCUCUUAGUGGAACCAUCCCCACCCCAUCAGGUAUCCCGGAUGCUGCUUACAAAUGAUCUGACAGAGGGCGUUCUUUCGGAAGCUGUAGAGAGGAAGGCGAACUUGAUCUUGUCAUACCACCCUCCCAUCUUUGUCCCCAUGAAGAGGCUGACACAGAGGAGCUGGAAGGAGAGGAUCGCGGUUCGGUGUCUGGAGAACCGAAUCGCUGUGUACUCUCCGCACACCGCGUACGAUGCCGUGAAAGGAGGCGUAAAUGACUGGCUGGCAACAGGCUUGGGUAAUGGUGGCAGCUGCACCAGGAUCAACAUGAGGUGUUCCCAGCAUGCAUUGGUACAGGCUGUUGACUGUGUCAAUCAAACUCUUGGAGACAAGGCAGACACAAGUCUUCAAGUGAUGAAACUAGAGAAGCCCCCCCUCCCAGGUGCCGGAAUGGGACGGCUGGUGACAUUGGAUGACCCUGUCACACUAUCUGACCUGCUAUCUAGGGUCAAGACUCAUCUGGGACUGAACCAUGUCAGACUGGCUGUGGGGGAGGGCAGGACCUUGGAAGGUCCCACAGUGAGAAGUGUUGCCCUGUGUGCUGGUUCAGGUGGAAGUGUGCUGAAGGGGGUCAGAGCCGAUGCUUACCUGACGGGGGAGAUGUCUCAUCAUGAUGUGCUGGAUGCUGUUGCUAUGGGAACGAGUGUCAUCCUGUGCGAACACAGCAACACUGAGAGGGGUUUCCUACGUGUGUUGCAGGGGAAGCUGACUGCAAUGUUUGAUGGGAAGGUUGAGGUGAUGGUGUCAGAUGUUGACAAGGAUCCUCUUGAAGUUGUGUAAUAUUGGAAUCAGCACAUUGGUAAAAUUGUACUGCUGUAACAGUCAAGGGGCAUGUAGUACGGUCUCCUGGCUCCUGGGAUUCGAACCCAGGCAAACUCAACACACCAACUGCAAGGCCAAAAGGUCUGGACCAGUUGGACUGGUCAGUUGGUGGCACUUGAUCCCCACUGUUACAAACAACCCAUAAUGUAUUGUGCAUAGCACUUCAGCAAAACAUCUUGUUAGAGGCCGUAUUUAAUUAAGAAAUACAACAGCUGGUCUAAAGAGAGAUUUUCCUUGCAGAGCCAAUUUUGUAUAUUCUACUUGUCAAUGGAACAUGUCAGAAGCACCUAUUAUCAACAGUGACGUCUGUCCAACACUGGAGAAUGUACUUCAUACUUCAUUGGGCUUCAGUGUUAUGAUAGGUGGAUAUUGGACCAGUUGAACGGUCAAGCUCAUGUAUUAGUGGAUAGAUCACAAAAUUUAUAUAUACCAUGUUAAUACAUUUACUAAAGGUUAUUCCAUUUGUCAAGUUUAAGGGGAUAAAAUUAGUGUUGAUUUUAGACCAAUCUUGCUUGUCAUGUUUAACUAUUAUCCUGAUACCCCUUGAACAUCUUAAUGGAAUAGCCCCAAAACUAUUCUAUUUUGUUUGAAAACUUUGAGCACAAGUCUAAUAAUUAUUUGUAACUGAUCAGCAAGUACAAACUUACAGCACUCCUUGCUCAAAGGUUUCACGCCUCAAAUGAGAGCUGUGAGCCGGGUUUGCUUGAUGGUUCUGUGUACACCAUGCCUCUCCCAUCUGUCACAUCCUGCAGAAAUAGGGGUCCCCUAGGUGAGACUCGGCAUCCCCCAAAAAUAAAUCCUGUCAGCGGCUUCUCCAUGUCCUCUUUGUUCCAUCACCAAUCCGUCUUGGGUAGUUGUGAGCUACAAGAGGCAGGCAAUUACCCAACGCUCGUUUAUUCUUCAUAAUGGCUGUAGAGGGAGGGACAACAAAUUGAUCUGGAAUGGGGUGUUAUGUCCUUACCGAUAAAUGCCAUUGAAGCCGGGAACAGAUGAUGCAUGAAGAAGUUUUAGUGCCUCCAAAAGUGGAUUUAAUCAAUAAGCUGCGUUCUGAUUGUUGCAGAUUUCUGUUUACAUUAUCGCAUUUGACCUAAUUGUUGUUGUAACGAGGUA